AUGCCAGAGAUUAAAUUGGACUCUAUUAUACCACCACAGCCAGCAACUCGCAGGAAUUUCUCAGUCCAUUUAUCGUACGACGAAACUACCAACACAAUUGCAUACCCAUGUGGCAAAUCCGCAUUCAUCCGUUCACUCUCUGAAGACGUUAAAGACGAAAUUACUGUCCAAUUCACUGGACAUUCUUCAUCUAAUGUCACUGUUGUGAAGUUCUCUCCAAUUAAGGGGUCACAAUAUGUCUGUUCCGGUGAUGAAUCCGGUAAAGUUAUCGUCUGGGGUUGGAACAAAGACCUGGACACUGGAAUCAUCAGUACGACGAUCAAAUCCGAGUUCCAAGUUCUUGCGGGACCCAUCACAGACAUUGCAUGGGAUUGUGAAGGUAAAAGACUCGCUGUCGUCGGAGAAGGUAGGGAUAAAUUUGGUGUAUUUAUUUCUUGGGAUACUGGGAAUUCACUUGGUGAAAUUUCUGGUCAUUCUCAAAAGAUUAAUGCUGUUCAUUUUAAACAAUCUAGGCCAAUGAGAUGUAUGACUGUGGGUGAUGCUGGGACUGCAGUUUUCUAUCAGGGUCCUCCUUUCAAAUUCACCGCUAGUGAUAGAAUGCACCAUGAUCAAGGAAAGUUUAUUAGAGAUGUGAAAUUCUCGCCUGAUAAUGGAGAAUUCGUAGUUAGUGUGGGGUCCGAUAGGAAAAUUGUUUGUUAUGAUGGCAAAACAGGAGAAUUUAUAAAGUAUAUUGAAGAUGGAAGUCACCAAAUAAAUGGUGGAAACUUUGCAUUGGAUUGGAUUGAUUCAAAUAAAUUCGUAACUGCCAGUGCGGAUUCGAAAAUUGCCGUUUGGGAUGUAACAACGUCUAAAUGUGAACAAGUAUGGACUGUCACUGGGAGUGAUUCACUGAAAACACAACAAGUGGGUGUUGUUGUAGCAACUAAAAAUAAUCAAAUCGUUUCUUUGUCAUUGGAUGGUACUUUAAACAUCUUCCAAAUGGGACAGGAUUCAAUACUAAGAUCAAUUAAAGGCCAUAACAAAGGUAUAACAGCUUUAGCGACAAACCCAUUAGUAAGUGGUUCGUACGAUGGUAAAGUAAUGGAAUGGGAAACCAUUCCAAAAAGAUUACAUGAUCUUCAUAGGAAUUUGAUUGUUUCUAUUGACAAUGUUACAUCAGGAAAAAUUUCUAGUGUCUCAUGGGAUGACACAUUGAUGGUGAAUGAUGAAAUCAAAUAUAAAUUCGAACAUCAACCAAAAGUAUCUACAAGUAACGAUGAUGGUAUGACAGCGGUAGUUACCUCCGAAAAUAUGUUACUGCUUUUGAAUUCUGUUACAGGUGCUAUUUUACAAUCUUUACAGUUAAAAACCCCAGUAGCCGCUAUUGGAUUAAGUUCCAAAAUCGUUUCUGUUGGAUAUGAAGAAACUAAUUUGAUUGAAGUGUUUGACAUUUCUGAACUAUCCUCGUGCUUCCAAUUGAAUUCCAAAUUAACUUCUACACCAUCGUGUAUUUCUAUUUCAAAAUCAGAGAGAUAUCUUGCUGCUGGUGACGUGAUGGGUAAGAUUAUAUUAUUUGAUUUAGAAACUAGAGAUAUAAAGACAUCCAGAUGGUCCUUCCAUACAGGCAGGAUAAAUGCUAUUUCAUGGAGGCCCGAAGAAGAAGAAGGGGAAGAAGAUUUGGUUGCGACAGGUUCAUUGGAUACGAACAUUAUCAUAUAUUCAAUGAAGAAACCAAUGAGAACCAUUAAAUACUUGAAUGCGCAUAAAGAUGGUAUUAAUGCAUUGUUAUGGAACGAUGCGAACACUUUAGUCAGUGCCGGUACAGACGCAUGUAUAAAGAAAUGGUCAGUUGAAUUCUAG